GGGGACAUCUCCAAAUGGGAGAGCUCCUUCUACCUCUUCCUGAGCACCUCCUCCAAAGGGACUCGCUACAAGAGGGAUCAGUAUUCACUUCUCCAAGGCUUCCUGAUCUCCAAGUGCUGCUUCCCCCUCUUCAAAGCCAAAACUGGCAAAGCCAAGCGAGUCCGGACCAUCUUCACCAGUGACCAGCUGGCCCGGCUGGAGAAGGAGUUUGCACGGCAGCAGUACAUGGUGGGCACGGAGAGGUGCCUGCUCGCGUCCUCUCUGCACCUCACCGAAGAGCAGGUGAAAGUCUGGUUCCAAAACCGAAGGAUCAAGUGGAGGAAACAAAGCCUGGAACAGCAACAGGCCAAACUGGCCAAAAUGGGUUUGACCACCCCGCAGAGGAGCCCCGACUCACAGAGCCACCACGGCGAGGAGGACAAGGACUUCCCAGCAGAGUCGGAGGAUGGCCAGGAGGACACGGCCUCUUCCCCGGGCUCCAGGACGGCACCUGCACAGACUGUGGCAAAGAGCUGCUGA